CACGCGUGUUCGCCGAUAUAACCGUGAUCAGUUGCGUCGAGGAUUUUUAUCGUCAUCCCCGUCCGAACAUCGACUUCCUCUUUCACCCGUCCAACACCACCACCAUCCCCCACCCCUUGGACAUCACACGCGUCCAGCCACGCGAUCACCGGGAUCACCGAUCCGGAUGGUUUCGCGCAACGGUGACCAACGAGCCGGUCAGUCCUAAUGAACACCUGAUCCACGGUGAUUGAACAUCCCCUCGAUUGGAUGCAUCUGCGAGACGUGAUCGGUGUCAUCGGUGAAUCAUCUGUUACGAUGAUCGGGAAACGUCGGUUUUCUAUCGAACGAAUUUUUUGAAUACGCGCGUGUCGAUCGGUUGACUUUGAAUUCGAGGAUCUCCGUGCUGCUCGAACAGACGGUUUCGAUCGAAUAAGAAAUCGUUUUACCUUGGUGAAAUAAAUCGGGAAGUUUGAAGAGUUUCGUCGCGAGUUGAAGAAGGGAGGAAGGAUUGAAUUUUAGAUUGAAAUUGUGUUGAGAAACUGUUGGGAUAAGGAUAAUCGACGAACUUGUUCUGUGUAGAAUCAGUGCGGUUAUGAUAGACAAUUGUGAACGGUGCGACGGGCCGAGCGAACGGUGAAGUGUUCAGUGAAUAUUCAGAGACUUCAACGCUCGGUUAGAAGGUAACCGAGGGAUACAGGCAGACGACGAACACGACCACGACGACGAAGCGAUUUCAAUUCGGAAGGAGACGAGGGGUUGACGAGACACCUCGUCCAAAUCGACGGGGUGUUGUCCACGGCGGAGGAGGGUGGCGGAAGAGGAGGGUUGGAAGAAGGGUGGCGUGCUAUGAUCAGCAUGGAGCUUCCGGCACACGCGACGCAGCAUGGUGCUCUUCACCUGGGGGUCGGGGUCGGGGUCAACCCAGGUGACCCAGCCGGAAGUGCCCUGACCGCCAUUCAUCCGCAUCCUCAGGAUCCCCUGGUCCUCCACCACCAUAAUCACGGAGCUGCAACUCCCGGAGGUAUGAACGAGGACUCCAAGAAAAAACAUGACGGAGGCCACGGGAUGAACCAGGACGGCCACGGUGGAGUUAACCAGCUCGGCGGCGUCUUCGUGAACGGAAGGCCCCUACCGGAUGUAGUGAGGCAGAGGAUCGUCGAGCUAGCGCACAGCGGCGUCCGACCGUGCGACAUUUCCAGACAACUCAGGGUAUCUCACGGCUGUGUAUCCAAGAUACUGUCGAGGUAUUACGAAACCGGCAGCUUCAAGGCUGGCGUGAUAGGCGGCUCGAAACCUAAGGUGGCGACGCCGCCGGUCGUCGAAGCGAUCGCCAACUACAAGAGGGACAAUCCGACAAUGUUCGCCUGGGAGAUCAGGGACCGAUUGCUGGCCGAAGGCAUUUGCUCUCAAGACAACGUGCCAUCCGUCUCCUCGAUCAAUCGAAUCGUGAGGAACAAAGCGGCGGAGAAGGCGAAACACGCGCAUCAGCAGCAGCAGGCGCAGCAGCAGCAAGGUCAGCAACAAGGUCAGCCGGGAUCAGGUGGUUCCGUGUCGGUGAUAGCCCAUGCACCUGCAACUGCAGCGGGUCAUCCGGCUGCAACCGCUCCCAACGCUUACAGCAUUAGCGGCAUCCUGGGAAUCCCGGCUCACCAUCAGGACCCCAAUGGCAACAGCAUCAAGCGGAAACGUUCCGACGACGACGACAAUCGAGACCUGAACGACCAUCCCGAGGACGACUUGAAGAGACAGAGAAGCAAUUACAACGGCGACCAAUUGUAUUCGAACCUGUGGUCGAGUAAAUGGAGCAUCAAAGACGAACACAAGCUGCUGAGCGAGCUCGGCGGUGGAGGCGGAGGUGCGACCGGUGGUACGAACGGCGCUGGAACCGGCGGAGGUGGCGGUGGCGGUGGUAACGGCGGAGGUGGCGGCGGUGGUGGCGGAGGUGGCGGUGGCGGAGGUUACUACGAACACGGAGGAUUCCCCGGGAACGCGAUUGCCACCUCCGCCGAGCUAUACGACUCCCUGGGCACCAUCAGCACGAUGACGCAAGCGCAAACGCCCCAUCUCUACACCCCGCCCAUAGGGGGCACCAUAGCAGGUGGUACUUUGACGCCGCUCGCGCCACUGACGAUGCAAGAACUAAAAUUGAGCCAAACAUUGGACGGGGCUAACAUGUCUCCUUACCACACCACCGCAGAGAGCAGUACCGUCGCAGUGUCGUAUGUGGGGGUGGGGGCCGGAGGGGGCGAGCAAAGUCCCCCGAUUUCGUUGCAGAACGAGACAAACGCCACCCCCACGGCCCCUAACACCCCCGGAGGGGAUCCCGGACUGACGGUCUUGCAGCCGCCAGUUUCUCAGCCCCAGGUAGCGUCUGCGAUACCACCCUACUCCACGAUGCUUCCAAGUUUCGGACAUUACGCCACCGGUGGUGGUGACUACGCGUACAGCGCAGCAUAUUCUCAAUACUCGAGCGCACCGUACAGCGGCUAUGGUUAUGGAGCAGCGACAAGCGGGUUGCUCAACUCCACGUACUACUACUGCAACGGGGACACGCUGGCGUCUUCCCACAACAAUUCGCAGCAGAGCGGCGGAUGUAACAACGCAGGGCCAGAGAACAGCACGGACGUGGCUAGUCGCUCACCUUUGGCAGCAACCAGGGCGAGCAGCGGUGCGAGUGCGGCUUCGCCGACCGGAAGUGCAUGCACCAAGCCGGAUCACACUUCCACGCCGACCGACCUUUAUCUGGCCUGAUUGAACGACGAUACAGGAGACCAUCUUCGGGCAAAGUGUUUUCCUGGAGUGGGAACAGUAGCCAACGACUUUCGACGCCAUAUCACUGACAAUGAGUAACCAACGCUGAAACGAAAACAAUGAUCUCUUUUAACCGGCUUCGAGAAAGGACAGCCAGCAAUCAUGAUCGUCGAACGACAACGGAAACACUGACAAAUGCAUGACUAAUUUCCGCCAGGGAAAACAAUAAGCCCAGACGAACUGGCCAGACACCGUUCGCGUCGAUGCAACGCGACGUUUAUCAUCGUCCAGAGAAUUUGGUCGCGUUCUUAUCGAUAUUAUUCUGUACACACAUACACACUCAUACAGCGUGGCACUAACAAAUUCGCAUUUAUCGAUGCGACAAUCGCGAGAGAGAUAGAGACUUUGAAAAUCAUGUCGACAGACUUUCAGACCAUCGGACAAAUGAUCGUGUCGAUUACGUCGUACGACAGCGUUCAAAGCAACGAAGCGGAUCGAACAACGUUGUUAUCGGCGUUGUGUCGGAUCACCCGUGUGUCGCCACCAAUUAACAAAUUCUUUUUAACAAAAAGUCCGUAACGAAACCGUUGCUUCGACGAUGUCGAUGAACAUUUCUUUUAUUCGUGAUUCGAAUUGAACGGCAAUGACUCGACGAGUGUCUGGUCCAGCGACACUAAUGGAUAACGCUGUCGAGACACGCGGUCGAGAUUAUCAAACUUCCCGCGUUCGUUACCGACAGCGUCGGUACUCUGGUAGAGUGCGCAUAAAAUCGUAGGUAGUUUAAUUUAACGAUCCUCAGUUAGCAUAAUUUCUACGCUACACCCUCGAUCGGUCGUCUCUCCAAAUGUGCUACUACAUUCAUUUAAGAAAAGAAGAAAAAUAUAAAUUUACUCAAACACGACGAUCCCGUCGAAUGUAGUCGGGCACAUUUGUUACCGACGGCGUUAGAACGUGUACAUGUAUAUAUAUAUAUAUAUAAAGUGAGAAAGAAAAAUCUCUUUCUAUAUAUAUAUAUAUAUAUAUAAAUAUAAAUAUACAAAUAACAAUGUAAAACAAAGACACAGUCAACUGGCCAAACAAAAAAAGAAACGGCACGUUCUUUCUCCUAGUAAGCACGACGACCCCCCUAAUCCAAACCUAACCCCACCUGUGCCCCGUAUCACCCCAAAAAACGAUACAAGUAUAUAUAGUAGGUAAUAACGGAUAAGUUUAUUGAGAUUUUUAAAUCAAGAAUCGACGUAACGAUCAUUACUGUUAAGGAUAUUAUAUAUAUUUUUUGUAGAAACCAAAGACCACAGACGGAUUGCCGAAUGAGAAUUGCGUGCGUCGCGUAGCUAAGGCAGAGGCAGAGUUUUAUGGCGGUUUUAAAUGGCAUCUAGAUGUAAACGAACGCGAGUUUGCGAGCGACGCACAGGAUCGACGUAGACGCGCAAGAAAUAAGCAACGAGGAAAUGCAAAUUACGGAACCGGGAAAGCGUGAAAGGCGAAACGAAGUCGGUUCUCUUUCGUGAUAUUACCGCGAGUACGGUGUAAAAAAGAGAGGAAUCUUACCUUACG